CUCCCUCGUUUUAUUCCCAGAAUCCCUUGCGAGAAAUCCUCUGCACCGGUCAAGAUGGCGGACAGACCAGUUCCCGUUAUUGAGAAGCGGCUGAUGGAUGUGAAGUUGGGCGAGUUGGGAACUUGGCUCGGAGGCCGGGACUUUACUCCCAACGGCCUCCUCUCAGCCAUGCGCAGGGGCCACGACAGAUACUACAACAAGUACAUCAACGUGAAGAAAGGCGGCAUCGGAGGCGUCGCUAUGCUGCUCGUCGGCUACGUCGCCAUCAGCUACAUGUGGGAAUACGACCACAUCAAGCACGAUCGCUGGAGGAAGUAUCACUGAGCCGCUCCAGGCAGCAGCAGCGUGGACCCUCUGCUCUUUCUGUUCUCAGCUCUGUUGUGUUAAUGUGACCGUUGUGACCAAUAAAACAUAUAUAUAAGACGUA